UCUGCGUCGCCUACAACUCAUUCAUUUGCUUCGUCCAAGAGCAGAAGUGAAGACUGACAUCUUUCAAGUACUGAAGUUGAUGCCGAGUCAAUAACGCGUUUCUUGACCGAAGCAAUAAUGGCCCACUCAAGUCAAGAUGGCGAAAUUGUACCUGAUGAUGGAUGGUCAUCCAUGCAUAAUCGUGUGAAUUCCUUCCAGCACUUCCCCCGUUCUGAAGAAUUUCCAGCCGAGCGACUGGCCCGGGCAGGCUUUUAUUUUACAGGUCAGGCGGUCAGGGUGCACUGUUUCAGCUGCCAUGCGACAGUGGAGGACUGGAACAGAGGGGACACCCCACUGAAUAGACAUCAGCAAGCGUCUCCCGACUGCACGUUCCUCAACUGUGCUCACAGCUUGAAAACCUCCGACUUCAUUCAAAGCCCUGUUUACAACAAAGAGGCCGAAGCCAGGGAGUUCCAGCUCCGCACGGGAGAGGUGGUGGAUCAGACCAUUUAUCCCAAGGUGCCACACAUGAAGAGCGAGGAAGCUCGGCUGAAUACUUUUAGUGACUGGCCGGCAGACGCUCCAGUUCAACCCGAAGACCUGGCAGCAGCAGGGAUGUAUUACUUGAGGACAGAUGACAUGGUGCGGAGCUUCUGUUGUGGGCACCAGCUGGCAGGAUGGGAGCCAGGCGACGAUGCCUGGGGUGAACAUGCAAAGAUCUACCCAAACUGCUUCUUCAUCUUGGGCCACGGUGUGGGCAAUGUGCCGCUGCCAACACAUAGACCCAGGGUGAAUGGGCAAAGAGCCUCUGUGGAGACUUUUGAGGGGCGUCUUGAUAGCUUCAGAGGCAGACAACUUCCCAUAGACCCCGAGAGACUGGCCAGAGCUGGUUUCCACAGCACAGAGGAGAAAGAAAAAAGAAGAUUGUUCACCUGCAGUUUCCUUCUGGCAGAAAAAGGAGAAGAAUAUGUCAACAGCGUGCAGCUGAGAAAUCCAAAAGGAGACCAUUCAAGAUCAAGUCAGAAUGGCUUUACAAGUCAUGAGCAUGCAGCACAGAAAGUCUUGCAGUCAGAGAUUGCACAAAAGGCUGUAGAUAUGGGUUUUGACCCCAUCAAAGUGGAGUGCACCAUUCUGCAGAAAUUACAUCAGAACACAGAGGGUUAUGCUUCAGUAGAAGCCCUUAUUGAAGACAUCAGUGCACAGGAGAGUGCUAGUACCAUGCGCGAGAAAGCUGAGGACCCCAUGACGAAACUUGAGAAACUCCAGAGGGAGAAACUCUGUAAAGUCUGCAUGGACAGUGACAUUAACAUUGUCUUCAUUCCCUGUGGACACCUGGUCACUUGUCAGAAAUGUUCAGAAUCCCUGAACAAGUGUCCCAUCUGCUGUGCCGCAAUCACACAGAAGAUAAAGACAUACAAUGCCUAAAAGACAAAGAAACCAGCACUCCAAAAGAAACACUGAUGUUUAUUGAAAGUUUCAGAAUGUAAUCAUUUCCAAAAUUGCACAUAGAUGUGUAAAAUAAGCUAUAUAUAUAUAUACUUUUUCAUACCCCUGAAAUAGCUGCUUCCCUCAAAUACACCGCCUCAGAUUGAUGUUAAUUACUCUAGUGCCUUUAUGUAGACUACUUUUUAUGAACAUUACCAUUGUAAUUUAGCAAUCAUGUUUUACAGUGUACCUUAUAUUUGAUCUUUUAUUUAUUUAUUUAUUUAUUUAUUAUAAAAUAAUAAUUGCUUGACACUUUUAAUCAUGUUCAAGGUUGAUUAAACUUCACCAGUCAAACUCGUUUGUCUUC